UUUCCUCUUCAUAGUUUCCAACAGUCAGCUGUUGGAGAGAAGUUUUUUUUUUUUUUUUCUACUGAUUUUAGGAUCUUUUUCAUAGAAGUUUUAUUUUUUGUUUCCGUUUGGAGUCAAAGUUCCUCCGCGGACGCGGAACCUGCUGCAGAGCGCCGUCCUGGGAAUAUUUGUGUCUCCUAAAGAAAAGUUUUCGGUCUGUCCUGGAACAGCUGUCAGAAUGAGCCUGAACGAGCACUCCAUGCAGGCGCUCUCCUGGAGAAAGUUGUACUUGAGCCGAGCUAAGCUGAAAGCCACCAGCCGCACCUCGGCUCUCCUGUCCGGUUUCGCAAUGGUUGCCAUGGUGGAGGUACAGCUGGAGCAGGAGGAUACGUAUAAGUAUCCCCCAGGGCUGCUGGUCGCCUUCAGCGCCUGCACCACCGUUCUGGUCGCCGUCCAUUUGUUUGCCCUCAUGAUCAGCACCUGCAUCCUCCCCAAUCUGGAGGCUGUCAGCAACGUUCACAACCUCAACUCAGUCAACGAGUCUCCCCAUGAGCGCAUGCACCGCCACAUAGAACUGGCCUGGGCCUUCUCCACAGUCAUCGGCACCCUGCUCUUCCUGACCGAGGUCAUGCUCCUGUGCUGGGUGAAGUUCCUGCCGCUCGAUAGCAACAAAGGGGAAAAAAAUGGCACCAUCAGCUCCGGCAAGGCGGCAGCCAUCGCGUCCACCUGCAUAAUGGUGCCGUUCGGAAUUGUCUUCAUCAUCUUUGCUGUCCACUUCUACCGCACACUUGUUAGCCACAAAACAGACCGGCAGAUCCGAGAGCUGGACCAAGUCAUUCAGCUCCAGAAACUGCUGAAUCACAGGGCUGAGAACGACGAGCUGAAGACUGCCGAAGAUUUUGCCUAACUGUUACCCACUCAUCUAGAGUUCCCUUUUAAAGGCUUCAUUUCUGUGUUGGUAGAAUGUGUCAGAAGUGUUUGAAUGUAGGAGCACCACCCGAGGAACGCUGCAUGUCACGGCUCCGGCUUUCGCUAUUUAUUUGCAUGUUUACAAAACUUGCUUUACUUUUAUAUGGCAGGGAAUUGAUAUCAGUCGGCAACAUCCUUGACCUUUGAGUUCAGACCUCAAAAGCACUGCUGUAUUCGGGUGAAUAAUCCACUUUAUUGCUUUAAUAUAAAGACCUCUGCUUUAUUAUUAUUAUUCUAGCAGCCAUUUUGUUUAUUUAUAAGUGACUGUAUCUUCUACUGUGAGUGUCUAAUAGUUGAUGAGGGAAAGCUCAAUGUCGGAUUUUAAUGUGAACAUGUGCUCUUUUGAAUAGAUUCAAAAAUGCCAGAUGUUCUUAGAUGAAGACAGUGAUAAGGCAUAUCAGUAUCUACACAAAUUCAGUACCUCAGGCUGUACUAGGCCUCCAGUACAUUUUUUAUACCUUUGUUAAAGCACCCAGUGCUGUUUACUUCUUAGAUAGCAGCAGCAUACUGUAUGCCGAUAUUGUAGCAUUCAGUUGUAGCUUGGGCUGGAUGAUAUGGCUUAAAGGGGUCAUAGAACGUAAAACCGAGUUAACAUUGUCAUAGAUGAAUAACGAUAGUAAAGUGGGUGAAAUGAACGAAGUUCAAACCCCAUUGACACCUACUUUCUGUGCAAAUCUCACAAUCCUAAACUUCCACCAUAAAACGGGCGAAUCCAAACGAAGCUCCGAGUUGACGUAAACUCGGUGAUGUUGCCUUAUUUGGUUCUGGCCUGUACUUUUGUCACGCCCAGAAAUUGACAUACAGAUCAGCCCAC